AGAGGCAUUGAACAAAAUACGCCUAACUUAGUCAACAUAAUAUUAGAUGAAGAAGUUGUGACAAAUAUACUUGAAGAUAAUCUAGAUGAAUUAACGAAUAGAGAAUUAAACAGAUGGAAAUUAUAUCAAAUCGGUAUAAGUAUUAAAAUUUCAUCAUAA